UAUGUUCUCCCAUUAAUGUAUUUCUUACAAGUAAUUCACACACAAAGCAGUAACUUUGAACUCAUUGUUUACUCAUCAACAUUCCACUCUACACAUAUGGCAGAAGCUUUCCUUCAAAUUCUGAUUGACAAUAUCACUUCUUUCCUUGAAGGGGAACUUUCAUUGCUUCUCGGUUUUGAAAAUGAGUUUGAAAAUCUUUCGAGCAGGUUUUCUACAAUCCAAGCGGUGCUCGAAGAUGCUCAGAAGAAGCAACUCAAGGACAAGGCAAUUAAAAACUGGUUACAGAAACUCAAUGCUGCUGCAUAUAAAGUUGAUGACAUAUUGGACGAAUGUAAAUAUGAGGCAGCAAGACUCAAGCAGUAUCGACUAGGACGUUGUCAUCCAGGGAUUAUCACUUUCCGUCACAAGAUCGGGAAAAGGAUGAAAGAGAUGAUGGAGAAACUAGAUGCAAUUGCUAAGGAAAGAAUGGAUUUUCAUUUGCAAGAAAACAUUAUAGAGAGACAAACUGCUAGACGGGAAACAGGUUUUGUUUUAACUGAAGCAAAAGUUUACGGAAGGGACAAAGAGGAGGAGGAGGUAGUGAAAAUCUUGAUAAACAAUGUUAGUGAUGCCCAAGAAUUUUCGGUACUCCCAAUACUUGGUAUGGGGGGACUAGGAAAGACAACACUUGCCCAAAUGGUCUUCAAUAAUCAGAGAGUGACAGAGCAUUUCAAUCUAAAGAUAUGGGUUUGUGUCUCAGAUGAUUUUGAUGAGAAGAGGUUGAUUAAGGCAAUUGUAGAAUCUAUUGAAGGAAAGUCCCUGGGUGACAUGGACUUGGCUCCCCUACAGAAAAAGCUUCAGGAGUUAUUGAAUGGAAAAAGAUACUUUCUUGUUUUGGAUGAUGUUUGGAAUGAAGAUCAAGAAAAGUGGGAUAAUCUUAGAGAAGUAUUGAAGGUUGGAGCAAGUGGUGCUUCAAUUCUAAUUACUACUCGUCUUGAAAAGGUUGGAUCAAUUAUGGGAACUUUGCAACUCUAUCAGUUAUCAAAUUUGUCUCAAGAAGAUUGUUGGUUGUUGUUCAAGCAACGUGCAUUUGGCCACCAAACGGAAACGAAUUCUGAACUUAUGGCAAUUGGAAAGGAGAUUGUGAAGAAAUGUGGGGGUGUGCCUCUAGCAGCCAAGACUCUUGGAGGUCUUUUACGCUUCAAGAGGGAAGAAAGUGAAUGGGAACAUGUGAGAGAUAGUGAGAUUUGGAAUUUACCUCAAGAUGAAAAUUCUGUUUUGCCUGCUCUGAAGCUGAGUUAUCAUCAUCUUCCACUUGAUUUGAGACAAUGUUUUGCAUAUUGCGCGGUAUUCCCAAAGGACACCGAAAUGGAAAAGGGAUAUCUCAUCACUCGCUGGAUGGCACACGGUUUUCUUUUAUCAAAAGGAAACAUGGAGCUAGAGGAUGUGGGUAAUGAAGUAUGGAAAGAAUUAUACUUGAGGUCUUUCUUCCAAGAGAUUGAAGUUAUAUCUGGUGAAACUUAUUUCAAAAUGCAUGAUCUCAUUCAUGAUUUGGCUACAUCUCUGUUUUCGGCAAACACAUCAAGCAGCAAUAUCCGUGAAAUAAAUGUAAAAGAUUAUACACAUAUGAUGCCCAUUGGUUUUGCUAAAGUGGUGUCUUCUUACUCUCCUUCACUCUUGAAACAGUUUGUCUCUUUAAGAGUGCUUAAUUUAAGUUGCUCAAACCUUAAACAGUUACCCUCUUCCAUUGGAGAUCUUAUACAUUUAAGAUACUUGAACCUGUCUGACAAUAGGAUGAUGCGUAGUCUUCCAAAGCAGUUAUGCAAGCUUCAAAAUCUGCAGACUCUUGAUCUACGUGAGAACUACUAUCUUUCUUGUUUGCCAAAACAAACAAGUAAACUUGGUAGUCUCCGAAAUCUUUUACUUGAUGGAUGUUCAUUGACUUCAAUGCCACCAAGGAUAGGAUUGUUGACAUGCCUUAAGACUCUAGAUAGGUUUGUUGUGGGAAGGAGGAAAUGUUCUCAACUUGGUGAACUACGAAAUCUGAAUCUCUAUGGCUCAAUUUCAAUCAAACACCUUGAGAGAGUGAAGAAUGAUAUGGAUGCAAAAGAAGCCAAUUUAUCUGCAAAAGCAAAUCUGCACUCUUUAAGCUUGAGUUGGGAUGAACCACAUAGAUAUGAAUCAGAAGAAGUUAAAGUGCUUGAGGCCCUCAAACCACACCCCAAUAUUCUGAAAUUUUUAGAGAUCAAUGGCUUCAUAGGAUUCCGUCUCCCAGACUGGAUUAAUCACUCAGUUUUGGAAAAUGUCGUAUCUAUUACAAUUAAUGGUUGCAAAAACUGCUCGUGCUUACCAGCCUUUGGUGAGCUGCCUUGUCUAGAAAGUCUAGAGUUACGUGAUGGGUCUGUGGAGGUGGAGUAUAUUGAAGAGGAUGAUGUUUAUUCUGGAAGAAAAAGGUUUCCAUCCCUGAGAAAACUUCAUAUAUAUGACUUCCCUAAUCUGAAAGGAUUGGUGAAAAAGGAAGGAGAAGAGCAAUUCCCUGUGCUUGAAGAGAUGAGGAUUGAGGAUUGCCCUAUGUUUGUUUUUCCGACCCAUUCUUCUGUCAAGAAAUUGGAGGUUUCUGGGGAUGCAAGAGGUUUGAGCUCCAUAUCUAAUCUUAGCACUCUGACUUCCCUCCGCAUUGGCUGUAACGACAAAGCUACUUCACUCCCAGAAAAAAUGUUCAAAAGCCUUACAAAUCUCGAAUACUUGGAAAUCUCUGACUUCGAGAAUCUCAAAGAGCUUCCUAACAGCCUGGCUAGUCUCUAUGCUUUGAAGCAUCUGGAUAUUAAAUUUUGUGAUGCACUAGAGAGUCUCCCCGACGGAUUGCAGCACCUAACAGACCUCACAAGUUUAACAAUUAUGGAAUGUCCAGAAUUGGAAAAGCGGUGUGAGAUGGGAAUAGGAGAAGACUGGCACAAAAUUGCUCACAUUCCUAAGCUGUAUAUAUUGUGAGUUAUUUGUAAUUGUUUCUCUACUUGUGUCUCUCAUUGGAUGUAAUUUUCUCAUUUUCUUUUGGAAACAUCUCAACGAUUUCUAAGAUCCUUUUGUAUUAUAAGUACUUGUUAAUGUUGUAAUUAUUGGCUAACA